AUGGCUGCGCCGUCAGGGUCGAGUCCUACCGGCCAGUGGAUGCGGUACUUGACGAAUUCCGUCGACAUUGACGUUGACGGUGGCGAUGGUACCGCACUAGACAAGUUGCUGGCCGAACAGCAAUCCACGUGUCAGGAACUUGAGAGGACGUCGAGUCAUGCCAAUGAGAGCAGUGCUGCGGAUAAGGAGGCGUCGCAUUGUAGGGAGCCGUCGCACAGGGAGCCGUCGCACGGCAAUCGCAAGGACGCCGAACACCGCGCCGGCGUCGCUGCUUCUCAUAAGCGGCAACGGGAGGACCCGUGCGAGGUCAACAGCAGCAAGGCCAAUCGGGAGAAGAUGCGCCGCGACCGACUCAACGACAGGUUCGUGGAGUUGGCGCGGUCCCUAGAGGGGAGCGGGCAGGCGCGCGCGGACAGGGGGAGCAUUCUGGCGGACGCCGUGCGCGUGCUGGCGCAGCUGAGGGCGGAGACGGCGCAACUGAGGGGGUCCGCGGAGCAGAUGAAGGAGCAGAUCCGUGAGCUCAAGGCGGAGAAGAGUGAGCUGAGGGAGGAGAAGGCUCGACUGCAGGCCAACAAGCAGCACUUAGAGGAGCAGGUCAGGCGCAUGGCUGCAUCGGGUGCCGCCCAAUCCACCACCGCCACGUCAGCAACAGCCGCAUCACCAGCCGCUGCUCCCCCUCCUGGUUCUGGUGCUGCCAGUGCUGUUCCCUUGGUGCUGCAUUCAGCGUGUGAGCCAGGCAAGCUAGCUGCACUAGGGCGAGGGGCGACCGACGUGCAGACGCAGGCGUUUCGCAAGCACGCCGGCACGACGAAACACGGGCUGGCGAUGGAGAAGCAAGAGGCUCUGCUGAACGCGGCCUCAAAGCAGCCACGGAUCGACCAACAUCGAGCCGCCAUCGAUGCUGAGAAGAACCGCGUCGUGGCGUUGCUCGACUCCAUGCUGUUCGUCAGUUCCUGCGAUGCGCCAAUGGGAACAUGGGUGAAGCUGGUGCAGUACCUCGCGCGUAAGGGUGUCCAGGGCUACCCUAAGAAGGGAUAUGGCACCUACUACACAACGGAGGCACUUGCAGCGAAGGAUGCAGCAGAGGAGCUCCCCGUCUUCGACAUGGUCGACGAUCUCAUCCGGGCAGUGGCGGAUUUGCUUGGUCGGUCGGGACCGCGCCACGCACGGUUCAUGGACAUGCAGGAAGUCAUCACCGAAACGAGCCUUGAAGUGCAAGGCAUCCAUUCCGUUCGGUGGUUGUCAAGGGGGGAUGCCGUUCGUCGCCUUGUCGCUGUUUUGCCGGCAGUGAUUGUGCUGCUGAAGGAGCUUAACAGCAAGAUGUACAAACUGGCAAGCUCCUACCGUUUUCACUUCUUCCUUUACUUCCUGGCUGAUGUGCUUGAGCAGCUCAACAUUUUGAACAAGACCUUCCAGCAGAAACAGCUCGAUCUGGUGUCUUUGCAUGCGCAGAUCAAGCGGACAACGCGUCACAUCGAGAGCCGCUACGUGGACUGCGGCGAUGACUUCGGCGGCGGCAUGAGCCAGUGGCUGUCACCUUUCCUGCUGCGCCAUGGCCCGGGGUGUAGCCGCGAAGUGAAGGUGGAAGGUGUCGACAGUGACGGCCGACCAUCUUCUAUUACGUUCACCCUUCACGACGAGCCCGUGGACUCGUACAACGGCCCGGAGGACCACGACGGGUGCAUCCAGUUGUGCACCGAGUUCGCAGAGAGGAUCGUGGCGAACCUGGAGGGAAGGCUCGGCGAUCUCGACUCCCUCUCUGGAGUCCGCCUGUUCACACCAGAUGCAUGGCCACAAAGCAAGUCUGAGCGGAACGCUCGUUGCCUGGAGUGGCUUCAGUCGCUGGUGACGAUGUUCAAGGCUCAGGACCGCGAGAACAAGAAGGGCAAGCACAAGGAGGAGCCAGUAGAUGUAGAUGAUGAGGAGGAGCCAGUAGAUGUAGAUGAUGAGGAGGAGCCAGUAGGAGAUGCAGGAGGUAGUUCUAGUGAUGAAGAUGAAAUGAGCAUCUAG